AUGCAUCCGCACACCGCCAGAAAUCUGCUAACCAUAUCUUCACACGUGGUCCACGGAAAAGUCGGAAAUGAUGCCAUCCAGUUUCCGUUAAAUCUUCGAGGUUGGAACGUGGACUGUAUUCACACCACCAACUUUUCCAACCACCCCGGGUACGCCUCCUUUAAAGGCUCCAAAACAGAUCCGGAAAUAAUCAGGUCGCUCUUCCGGGGCCUCCAAAAGAUACACGUGCGAUAUGAUGCCGUCAUAGUGGGCUACAUAUGCAGCAAGGCAGUCUUGGAAAUCGUCAAUCAUGAAAUUCUUCAACAACUUGUGCCCUCCACAAAAAUAGUAAUCGACCCCAUAAUGGGCGACCACGGCAAACUGUAUGUCGCAGAGGAGUUGGUGGCCGUUUAUAAGGAGCUGCUAAGGCCAGCUGGCAGCAAUUUCUCCGUGGAUCUCUUGACUCCAAAUCAGUUCGAGAUGGAAAAGUUGACAGACAUCAACAUCACCGAUAAGGCCUCACUCACGCAGGCUAUUGGUGCAUUCUUCGAUAUGUUCAGUGUGAAAAACCUAGUGAUAACCUCGGUCAACUUUCAGGACACGCAGAAGAUCUCAUGUGUAUGUGCAACGUCCAAAAGCAGCAUUACUGUGAUUACUACUCCAAGAAUUAACGCCUCGUUUUCCGGCUCUGGCGACUUGUUCAUUGGUUUGCUUACCGACCGGUUCAUCAAGACGGGAGGAGACCUAGUUUCCUCAUUGAGGAAUACGAUUGAAGUGGUGCAGAGAGUUCUAGAAGUGACAUAUAGUCUUACAGACAGAGGCAAUCAUCCAGACUCCAGGAUCUAUAUUCCAGAUCUCCGCAUUAUAGAGAGCAAGCCAUACUUGCUUGAGGACGGUGUAAGCGAGAAGGACUACCAGGGUGAGAUAUAUCGGAUAUAG